AACUCGUCACAUGACAGAGGAAUAUUGCUCAUCCACUUCAGGAACAGUUCGACGCUCAAAUUAGAAUUGUUUCCGGUUAAAUUGGGGUCAAACAGAGGGGUUGCACAUUACAAGACAUCACAAUGCUUAUACGAAGGGUGUUACAAUGUGGAAUGACAGCUUUAAAGUCACGCAGGACCAUUCACCACAGUGCUCAAUGGAGGAGUCCUCUCGUACCUAUCGUUGUGGAGCAGACGGGUCGAGGAGAGCGUGCGUAUGACAUCUACUCUCGUCUUCUGAGGGAGAGGAUCAUCUGUGUAAUGGGGCCAAUUGAUGACUCUGUGGCCAGUCUGGUUAUUGCUCAACUACUCUUUCUGCAGUCAGAGAGCAACAACAAACCCAUCCACAUGUACAUCAACAGUCCUGGCGGUGUUGUGACGGCAGGCCUGGCCAUCUACGACACCAUGCAGUACAUCCUCAACCCAAUCUCCACGUGGUGUGUGGGCCAGGCGGCCAGCAUGGGCAGUCUUCUCCUAGCUUCGGGCACGGCCGGCAUGAGGCACUCCCUGCCCAACGCCCGCAUCAUGGUGCACCAGCCCUCCGGAGGAGCCAGGGGUCAGGCUACAGACAUCGCCAUUCAGGCUGAGGAGAUCAUGAAGAUAAAGAAACAGAUCAAUCAACUCUACGCUAAGCACACUGGCCAGCUGUUGACACAUAUAGAGAGUGUGAUGGAGAGAGAUCGUUACAUGAGCCCCAUUGAGGCACAGGACUUUGGGAUCAUCGACCGAGUGUUGGUGCAUCCUCCCCAGGCGGGCCAGGAUGACCCAGAGCUGGUCCAGAAGGAGCCCCCUACUGCCAUCUGCCCCUCGCCAGCCUCCGCCACCGAGCAGAGCCCCCCCGGGACCAACCCCCCCUCCUCACACAAACCCGAACCCUGACCUCAGACUACCAGAAAGCAGUCCCAAUCACAAGCCAUCUUCUACCAACACUUCUGUAGAUCGGAAUGGAUUGGACAGGUGCAAGCAUAUGCUGAUGUAGCUUAAAUCCAAAUGAAUUGGAGUGGAUACUAAUAUGUGAGAAGUUACAGCGUAGCCUAGCAGAGGGCAAAGUGGAGCUAUUACUAUAUUGCUUAUACCUGUCCAAUCCUUUAAUUUACAGAAGUGCUCUGGGUGGAUAGGGGCCGGUUUGGAACAGAGGACAUGCAUUGUAUACCUCUAUGCUGGAGAAACCUCUGGGAGAGGCAAACUGCAGCAGUAUUAGAAUAUUUACAUUUAAGAAUGAUAAUUUUUGACCAAUCUCAGAUUUGUAGUGUCCCCCAUAAUAUGCACACUGUAUUUACAACAAAGACUGCAGAUCUCUACAGUGAAGGAAACAAUAUAGCCCCCAUUUGUACAAGCCAUGACACAAUUGUGAUGUUGAUUUUCAUGAACUGGAAUAAAAUACAUUUUCUUUGAGUCACACACCCAACCUGGGCCUGUACUCAUAAAGCAUCUAAGAGUAGGAGUGUUGAUCUAGGAUCAGUUCCUCCUGUCCAUGCAAUCUUAUUCAUUGUGACAGACAAGGCAAAAUGGAUUCUAGAUCAGCACUCCUCUUAACGCUUUGUGAAUACAGGCUGUGAUGUAAAAACAAAUUAUAAUUGUAUCAACGCGUUUCGAGUCUGUAACAAGUAAAGUGUUUUGAUUGCCUCGGU